CCUCAAGCAAUGCCAGUUGUUGUCUCUGCGACCGUCGCCGCCAUGAGGACGCACGCAGUUCGAUUAUCUCGCCCUUGGCGAGGCCAGCGUUCUUGUCCCUUGCCUUCCUUCCGACCUCUCUCCACGACACCGUCUCGAUUCGCAAAUGCCCUCCCCAUCACCGCCACUGGACCUCCCCCGGACCCUCCCACGCCCGCUUCAGGCCCUUACUCCGACAAGGUCACAGAACGUCGGCGCAAAGCGGCCCUCCUCGAAGCAGGCAAAGAGAUUCGUGCGGCGGCGGCAGCAUCGCAGUCCCCUGGCAAAAAAUCGUCGUCACCUUUGAAGAGACGAUUCUGGAAGGAUGUACACAUCCGAGAGUCCCCCAGCGGGGGUUUCGAAGUGUACCUGGACGCACGACCGGUCAGGACACCCUCCAAAACAAUCCUCACCAUCCCCAAGUCAAAGCCUCACCUGGCCCACGCCAUAGCCAUAGAAUGGGACAUGCUCGAGUCGGCACAGCAGGCUCUCAAGAACCACAACAUCCCCAUGACCUCGACGACCGCCCGGGCACAAGACAUUGCCGAGGCCGAAGCGAGAGGGGACCACACAAUCAGAAACGAAAUCAUCAAAGUCAUGAUGGGCUACCUGGACACGGACACGUUGUUGUGUUGGGUGCCGGAGCAACAGUCGUUUGACGACGGUACGGGACCACUGGAUACGCAGACUGAGACAAAAAAGGAAACACUACGACAGAGGCAGAUCCGGAUCGCGACACCAAUCUUGGCCUUCCUCAAUACGUCUGUCUGGCCCGGGGUUGAAAUCAAGCCGGUACUCGACGAGGGUAGCAUCAUGCCGGUCAGGCAGUCCGAGGUCACGAGGAGCGUGAUUCAAGGUUGGAUCGCCGGACUGCCGGCCUUCGAGCUCGCGGCGUUGGAGAGAGCCGUACUCGCCACCAAGAGUCUCCUGGUCGGCACCAGACUCUUGAUCGAAUGGAGCGAGGAGUUUCGGGAUCUCCAGCGAGGCGGGCCCGACGACGCGAGGUUCGGCAUCGAAGAGGCGGCCGAGGCGGCGACUCUGGAAGUCCGCUGGCAGACUGCCAUGUGGGGAGAAGUCGAGGACACCCACGACGUCGACAACGAAGACAUACGACGGCAAUUGGGAAGUGCGAUUCUGCUCGUCAGUGGAGGUCGGUAGACUUUUUGAGAGAGCGCGCAAAGGUUUCAAUUCUUUCGCAUGAGAUGUAUAAGUAAAACUUCAGUGGUCCCCGAACGAAACAUGGGGCUAAUCCAAUGGCUGGGCAACCCUCCUGCUUGCGCAUCCUCUCUCCUGUCUACAUAGGUAUCUUAGUUAUUCUAUAGUUUAGAUGCAGGCAUGGCGUGAUGAUGAGAGACUUUGCUCAGUGCUUUUUGAGCCUGAUGAACAACAUUCAGUAGUCAGUAUCUUAUCUAGAGCAGGGUGCGAUGAAUGAUACAAGAAAGAAAAGUUGGAACGGGGCGAACGCUCACUUCAUCAAUCGCAUCAUACUGCUCCAGCCAAUUGUCAAAGGCAUUCGACAACGG